CCGCCUCCUUCGCUCAACCCGCGAGGGAAGCUAGGCGAGGCGAGCGGCCGGCGGCGGCGAAGUUGCUUUUGAGGGGAGCCCGAGAUGACCGGUUCUAACGAGUUCAAGCUGAACCAGCCGCCCGAGGACGGCAUCUCCUCGGUGAAGUUCAGCCCCAACACCUCCCAGUUCCUGCUGGUGUCUUCCUGGGACACGUCCGUGCGCCUCUACGAUGUGCCAGCCAACUCCAUGCGGCUCAAGUACCAGCACACCGGCGCCGUCCUGGACUGCGCCUUCUACGAUCCAACCCAUGCCUGGAGUGGGGGAUUAGACCAUCAACUGAAAAUGCAUGAUUUGAACACUGAUCAAGAAAAUCUUGUUGGAACACAUGAUGCACCUAUCAGAUGUGUUGAAUACUGCCCAGAAGUGAAUGUGAUGGUUACUGGGAGUUGGGAUCAGACAGUUAAAUUGUGGGACCCCAGAACUCCAUGUAAUGCUGGAACCUUCUCUCAGCCUGAAAAGGUGUACACCCUGUCGGUGUCGGGGGACCGGCUGAUCGUGGGCACUGCGGGCCGCAGAGUGCUGGUGUGGGACCUGCGGAACAUGGGCUACGUGCAGCAGCGCCGUGAGUCCAGCCUGAAGUACCAGACCCGCUGCAUCCGCGCCUUUCCCAACAAACAGGGUUAUGUCUUGAGCUCCAUUGAAGGACGAGUGGCAGUUGAGUACUUGGACCCCAGCCCUGAGGUGCAGAAGAAGAAGUAUGCCUUUAAGUGUCACCGACUGAAAGAAAAUAAUAUCGAGCAGAUCUACCCUGUCAACGCCAUUUCCUUUCACAACAUACACAAUACAUUUGCCACAGGCGGUUCUGAUGGAUUUGUGAAUAUUUGGGAUCCAUUUAACAAAAAGCGACUGUGCCAGUUCCACCGGUACCCCACCAGCAUCGCGUCCCUUGCCUUCAGCAAUGACGGGACGACGCUUGCAAUAGCAUCAUCAUAUAUGUAUGAAAUGGAUGACACGGAACAUCCUGAAGAUGGUAUCUUCAUUCGCCAAGUGACAGAUGCAGAAACAAAACCCAAGUCACCCUUGUACUUGACAAGAUUUCAUGUACAUAAGUGCCAUGCUGAUGAUGAUAAAAAAUUCCUGCUCCUCAAUGGUACAUUUAAGGAAGACAGGGAAAAAUAUUAAUUUAAAUAUUAUAAGAACCUGAAAAUAAUGGAAAAGAGUUUUUUGGGUUUUUUCCUCCCCCCAAAUGAGCCCUUUUUUAAGCGCACGAGAUGGUUUGAUGGUUGCUGCAUUAAAUGUAUUCAGGCAAACAAAAUUGGAGGGCAGUGACUGCACUUUUGAGAAUCACUUUUGACCUUAUUUUUGUUUCCACUGUGGAAAUAAAUGUUUGGAAAUAAAUAUAGGUAAUAAAAAACCCCUUUGCAUUCUUUCUGGACCUUAAAUGGUAGAGGAAAAGGCUCUUGAGCCAUUUGUUUCUUUUGCUGGUCAUAGUUGCUAAUUCUAAAGCUGCUUCAGACUGCCUCAUGAGGAGGUUAAUCUACAAUUAAACAAUAUUUCCUCUCGGCCGUCCAUUAUUUUCUGAAGCAGAUGGUUCAUCAUUUCCUGGGCUGUUAAACAAAGCGAGGUUAAGGUUAGACUCUUGGGAAUCAGCUAGUUUUCAAUCUUAUUAGGGUGCAGAAGGAAAACUAAUAAGAAAACCUCCUAACAUCAUUUUGAGACUGUAAACAAUUAUUUAUUAGCAAACAAUUGAUCCCAGAAGGGCAAAUUGUUUGAGUCAGUAAUGAGCUGAGAAAAGACAGAGCAUAUCUGUGUAUUUGGAAAAAUAAUUGUAACGUAAUUGCAGUACAUUUAGACAGGCAUCUAUUUGGACCUGUUUCUAUCUCUAAAUGAAUUUUUGGAAACAUUAAUGAGGUUUACAUAUUUCUCUGACAUUUAUAUAGUUCUCAUGUCCAUUUCAGUUGCCCAGCCGCUGGUGAUUAAGGUUAAAAAGAAAAAAAAUUAUAGUGAGAAUGAGAUUCAUUUCAGUGUAAUGUCCUAAAGCAAAACACGAACUUAGCUUGGCCUGUUUUAGGUAGCCUCAAGUGUGUUUUUGUUGUCAAACUUUUUUUAAUAUUUGCAAAUGUAUGUCUCUGAAUAGGAUUUGUAACUUUAUUGAAAUUUACUUUAUCCGUGAUGUGUUUUUAACAUUUGUUUUGAUGCAGACAGAGGUCUUUUAAUUUUUAAGUAUUUCACCAAAAGCUUAGGGUAAGUCUGAACCCAGCUUUUGAAACGUGUUUUCUUCUUUGCAGGUCCACCUAGUCAUCUUGUGAAUGUGGCCUCCGCGGGCAGCUUUGCUUUGCUUCCUGCAAAUACGCGCUGCCCUUAUGGACCCGCUGCAGUGGCUGCGGGCACCUUCUGUAGUAUGUGGGUUUCUUUUCUUUUCUUUUUUUUUUUGUCUCACAAAAAACUUGUCUGCGUCCUUGCGUACCAGCUCUGUGUAAGAUGAGGAGUCCCGUGUCCUUGUACAGUAGGCUGGAGGGUGGUUCCCCCUCCGCCAGCCCAGUGCUGUUUUUGAGCAGCUUGAGCUCUUUUUGUAAAAUAAUCCAAACCUGUUAUUUCCGCGCGGUCUAAUAAAUCAGAGAUCCAGAACCCUUAAA